CGCAAUCUGGCUCCAUCUCCAGAAGGUUCCGCCGGUUCGCCUAGCUCCCGGUUCCCGGCUCCGCGCCGCCAUGAUGGGCCAUCGCCCCGUGCUCGUGCUCAGUCAGAGUACUAAACGAGAAUCUGGAAGGAAAGUACAAUCAGGGAACAUAAGUGCUGCCAAGACUAUUGCAGAUGUCAUCCGAACAUGUCUGGGACCUAAAUCCAUGAUGAAGAUGCUUUUGGAUCCGAUGGGUGGCAUUGUGAUGACCAAUGAUGGCAACGCCAUUCUCCGAGAGAUUCAAGUCCAGCAUCCAGCAGCCAAAUCAAUGAUUGAAAUCAGUCGAACUCAGGAUGAAGAAGUUGGAGAUGGUACUACAUCAGUGAUUAUUCUUGCUGGAGAGAUGCUGUCAGUGGCUGAGCAUUUCCUAGAGCAACAGAUGCACCCAACAGUAGUGAUUAGUGCCUACCGAAAGGCAUUGGAUGAUAUGAUCAGCACACUUAAAAAAAUCAGUAUUCCUGUUGAUAUCAACAACCGUGAUACAAUGAUGAAUAUCAUUGACAGUGCCAUUCGUACUAAGGUAAUCAGCCGCUGGUCGUCCUUGGCUUGCACCAUAGCCCUUGAUGCAGUGAAGAUGGUACAGUAUGAGGAGAAUGGCCGAAAAGAGAUUGACAUUAAGAAGUAUGCUAAGGUGGAAAAGAUUCCUGGGGGCAUCAUUGAGGACUCCUGUGUCUUACGUGGAGUCAUGAUCAACAAAGAUGUGACUCAUCCACGAAUGCGGCGCUACAUUAAGAAUCCACGGAUUAUAUUACUGGAUUCUUCCUUGGAAUACAAGAAAGGAGAAAGCCAGACAGAUAUUGAGAUAACUCGAGAGGAAGAUUUCACCCGGAUCCUGCAGAUGGAAGAAGAAUUUAUUCAGCAACUUUGUGAUGAUAUUAUUCACCUCAAACCUGAUGUGGUCAUUACAGAAAAAGGCAUCUCGGAUUUAGCUCAGCACUACCUCAUGAGGGCCAACAUCACAGCUAUCCGCAGAGUCCGAAAGACGGACAACAACCGAAUCGCCAGGGCUUGUGGGGCUCGGAUUGCCAGCCGACCAGAAGAACUAAGAGAAGAUGACAUUGGGACUGGUGCUGGCUUAUUUGAAAUUAAGAAGAUUGGCGAUGAGUACUUCACAUUCAUCACAGAAUGCAAAGAUCCCAAGGCCUGCACCAUUCUCCUUCGAGGGGCUAGCAAAGAGAUUCUGUCGGAGGUGGAGCGAAACCUCCAGGACGCUAUGCAGGUCUGCCGGAAUGUUUUUCUAGAACCUCUGCUGGUACCAGGGGGUGGGGCCUCUGAAAUGGCCCUAGCUCAUGCCCUGACAGAAAAGUCCAAAGCCAUGACUGGCAUUGAGCAGUGGCCAUACCGGGCUGUGGCCCAGGCCCUAGAGGUCAUCCCUCGGACCCUCAUCCAGAACUGUGGGGCCAGUACCAUACGUCUACUCACUUCUCUUCGGGCCAAGCACACCCAGGAGAACUGUGAGACCUGGGGUGUGGACGGUGAGACAGGAGCGUUGGUGGACAUGAAGGAACUGGGCAUCUGGGAACCACUUGCUGUGAAGCUGCAGAUCUACAAGACUGCUGUGGAGACGGCUGUUCUCCUACUUCGGAUUGAUGAUAUUGUCUCUGGCCACAAAAAGAAGGGUGAUGAUCAAAAUCAGUCAGGGGGUAACCCUGAUGGAGGGCAGGAGUGAGCUGACAACACAAGCAUCAGCUGAAAUGACAGCCCACAGGACCAGCAGGUUUUCUCCAUCCUUUCCCCGAGCCAGGCUGCCAGGGCAAACAUGGGUGUCUUUGGUGGAGAUUAGGUUGAGAGACCUCUCUCAGCCUCUUUCUGCCCCAGCUCAGUUUGCAAAAGGCACUGACAUGUAACUCUUAUUGUAAGCUUUUCAUUUAAGUUUGCUUCCAGUGAUUAAAAUCUCAGUCAUUUGAGA